AUGUACAAGCCUCUGAUCUACGAUGAUGAUCCCUCAACCACCACCACCACCACAAUCAAGCCUCUCCUCUCCCGCGCCUCCAGCUUCAACGGCGCUCUCACCACCACGAACGGUCCCUUAACUUCUUGGUUUCACAACAAACGGCGACGCUCCAACAGCGAUAACUGCCUCCUCUCUGCGUUACCCGAUGGUACUAAUGGAACCGAGGGCCAACAAACUAUCGCUCAGGAGGUUACACACGUGGCCGCUGAGACGUUUUUGUUGACUCGGCUUUGCUUGAAGCUUUUGAGCUAUCUUGGGGUAGGUUAUAGAUGGAUCACAAGGUUUCUUGCUCUUGGUUGCUAUGCUUUCUUACUAAUGCCAGGCUUUGUUCAAGUGGGGUAUUAUUACUUCUUCUCUCCUUACGUUCGUAGAAGUAUAGUUUACGGUGAUCAACCAAGAAACAGGCUUGACUUGUAUCUACCUAGGAACUCCGAUGGUCCAAAACCAGUUGUGGCGUUUGUCACUGGUGGAGCCUGGAUUAUUGGUUAUAAGGCGUGGGGCUCUCUUUUAGGACAGCAGUUAUCAGAAAGAGAUAUUAUUGUGGCUUGCAUCGAUUAUAGGAAUUUUCCUCAGGGAUCUAUUAGUGACAUGGUCAAAGAUGCUUCUUGUGGCAUCUCAUAUAUUUGUAACCAUAUUGCUGAGUAUGGUGGUGAUCCAAACCGGAUUUAUCUGAUGGGUCAGUCUGCUGGUGCACAUAUCGCGGCUUGCACCCUUGUAGAUCAGGUUGUUAAAGAGUCAGGGGAGGGGGACAGUGUUUCUUGGAGUAGUUCACAGAUAAAUGCUUAUUUUGGUCUGUCCGGAGGCUACAACCUUCUGAGCCUUGUAGACCACUUCCAUAGCAGGGGACUCUAUCGUUCCAUCUUUCUGAGCAUCAUGGAAGGAGAAGAAUCGUUGAAGCAGUUUUCUCCCGAACUAGUAGUGCAAGAACCAAAUCUCAAACACAUUGUUGCUCGUCUCCCACCUAUCAUUCUAUUCCAUGGUACUGCUGACUACUCCAUCCCUUCAGAUGCAAGUAAAUCUUUUGCUGAAACACUCCAGAGACUUGGAGGGAAAGCAGAAGUGAUCCUCUACGAAGGGAAAACACACACGGAUUUGUUUCUUCAGGAUCCAAUGAGAGGUGGAGUAGAUGAGAUGUUUGAAGAUAUAGUAUCAGUGGUCCUGGGAGGCGACUCAGAAGUGAUUGGUAAAAGCGUAGAUAGAAGGCGUCUUGUGCCUGAAUUCAUGUUGAAGUUGGCUCACUGGGUCAGUCCUUUCUAA